AUGGGAAUCGGAGACCUGUCCCACCCCUCAUUCUAUAAAUACCGGCCCACCGCCAUUCCUGUAUCGGUGCUGUUUUUGAUACAGAGAACAAUUUUUGCUGGUCUCCGAUUUCUGUGUAAGCCAUUGGCUCAAGAAGGAAAUGUGAUUGCCUGUCGUAGUACUUCUGAAUGGAAUGCUGUAUUAUUGAAAGAAUCUGGAAAACUGAUUGUGGUGCAUUUUACUGCUUCCUGGUGCGGGCCACGCCGUUUAAUUGCUCCAUAUUUCUUACAAUUGGCUAAGAAUCAUCCUAGUGUCAUUUUCCUGGAAGUAGACGUCGAUGAAUUGAAACAUGUUGCUUUCAAGUGGGAUAUUGAGGCAUUACUGACGUUUAUUUUCCUGAAAAGAGGGCAAAAAUCUCACAGGAUUGUUGGUACUGAUAGAGCGGCGCUAUUGAGGAAAAUAGAAGAGCUAAAAACACCAGCAGUUGCUGCUUCUACUGCUUAGACAGUCAGCUUGGAGGAUGUGUCCUCCUUAUCAUCGAAAUUGGAUUAUGUGCGCAACUCUCAAAUAUGAUUAUGGUGCUAGUUGUAUAGAAGCUGCUGGAUUCAAUGUGGAAUAAAUGGGUUAGGAAUUUGUAGCCUGCUGUAAGAA